UAUUUGAAUGAUUUUUUUUUCGUUGUGGAAGGUAGUUUCCUUUUUCAGUGUUGCCAAAACCCUUUGAAAGCCCUAAUAAGCGAGGAAAAUAGAGGGAAUGACCUCUUCUAUGGCGGUUCAGAGCUCCAAUCCCCGCGAAGCAAAACCUUCAAAGAACGAUCUCAGUUCUCACUUCUUCGUAUGGAGAGAGUUUGUGUGGGGAGCUGUUGCUGGGGCUUUUGGGGAAGGAAUGAUGCAUCCAGUUGAUACCAUUAAAACCCGAAUACAAAGCCAAGCUAUUCUUCCUGGAGUUCAGAAUCAGAAGAGCAUAUUGCAGAUGGUGCGACUUGUCUGGCAUGAGGAUGGAAUAAGAGGCUUUUACAGGGGUGUAGCACCUGGCGUUAUUGGGUCUCUUGCAACUGGUGCAACAUAUUUUGGUGUUAUAGAGUCCACUAAAAAGUGGAUUGAGGAUUCACAUCCUAGGCUUAAGGGCCACUGGGCACAUUUCAUUGCUGGAGCUGUUGGUAAGCUAAUCUGGACUUUUGAAAGAUUGACAGUCAUGUUUUAUGAAGGUUUGAAAGAUGUUACUGAAUAUGGGAAGCAAAGAUUGACAUCCAACUCAAAUUGGCAUGUCAAUAACUCAUUUGAGGGACUUGUUUUAGGAGGAUUAGCUGGUGGUCUUAGUGCAUAUCUCACCACCCCGUUGGAUGUAAUCAAAACAAGAUUGCAAGUGCAGGGUUCAACUUUAAGGUAUAACGGUUGGUUGGAUGCAAUUUGCAAUAUAUGGGAAAAGGAAGGCAUGAAGGGGAUGUUCAGGGGUAGCAUCCCAAGGAUUUCAUGGUACAUUCCGGCUUCUGCACUUACAUUUAUGGCUGUGGAAUUUCUCAGAGACCAUUAUAAUGAAGGAGCCACUGACAAGAAGGUGCAAGAAGUUGCAAGACUAUCAGUCGACAAGAAGAAACCAAUGCAAGAGGUUUCUUAGAUCAACUUGUGGUUGGAACUACAUUUACUUCCCAUCAAAAUUUUUACCGAAGAUGGGAGGCUGUACAUCUGAAUUCUUAGACAUUCUCAUAUUUUAGACCCCCCAUUUUUUUGAACAUGCAAAAUUUAGCUUAUACAUCAAAAUUUUGGCUUUGUUGGUUUGGCUUUAUUCAAUAAAACUAGGGUGGGGUGAGGGACUCGCAUCUUCCGAAGUUUCUCUUGGAAAUGCAUGGAUCUCAAUUAAAAGAGGAAAUUGACAACCAUUUUAGUGUUUGUUCCA